GCCAAGGCACUGUAUGACUUUGAGGCAGAGAAUCCGACCGAACUCGCGUUUGAGGAAAACGACAUGCUAUUUAUCUCGUACAAGCAGUGCGACGGCUGGCUGGUCGGCUAUAAGGGAAACCAGGUCGGAUUGAUUCCGGAAAACUAUGUCGAGUUCAUUUGA